CAUACUCGUAAUUUUGAAACACUUGUAAAUACGGCUGUUAGUGUGAAAGAAAUGGUUCAUCGCACAUUCAAGGACUUGUAUGUUACAGAAAAUCCACAUACAUUUAUGAGUGAACAGGAAUUCAAAGUUGAAAAUGAUGGUCUAUCAAAAAGAUUAGAUGAUAAACAUCCACUUUUUCAGAAUCUUUCUAGGUCAUAUUUGGAGUAUUUUGAAUCAAAAGCUACAUUAUUGAAUAGAAAG